AUGGGGGCGCUCGCCGUCGCGCUCGCCGCGGGGGAGGGAGGGAUCGACGACGUCGUUCUCGUCGCGCCGGCGAUCGUGCCGAAGAGGAGGAGGAAGAAUACGGAACGUCAACCGGCGCGGAAGCGCCUUUGGACGCGGCCGCUCGGGGUUUUGAUCGCGCUGGCGUCCGCCGUCGCGCGCGUCGUCGUCGCCGCGCUCGCGCGCGCGCUCUCUCCGUUCCUCGUCCUGUUCCUUCGCAAGAUCGUCCGCAACGCCGCGUUCUGGCGCGAGGGGCUCGCGAGCGCGGUCGGGUCCCCGAUGCGACGCGUCAUGCGCGACGACCGGAGCUGGACGGACGGGUACCGCCGCCCGAGCGUCGUGACCGGGUGGGAUCGCGGGAUGGCGCGGGUGGUGCUCUCCGCGGCGACGGGCGGGCUCGACGGCGUGGCCGCGACCGCGCGCGACGGCGCGCGCAGGGUGGCGCGCGCCGUCUCAGGCGAGGAGAGCGGCGAAGAAGACGCCGCGGAGGCGCUGGCGAGGAGCGGCGCGAGGGUGCUGAUCGUGCACGGCGACGAGGACGUCAUCGUGCCGGCGCUGCCGCGCGCGGAGCUCGUCGUCGUGCGCGGGUGCGGGCACAUGCCGCACGAGGAGUGCCCGGACGUGUUUCUGGACGCGGUGCGGGCGUUCUUGAGGAAGGGCGAACGCGGCGGCGACGGCGACGACGCGGGCGCGGGCGCGGGCGUCGAGAAGACGUGA